GUUUCGAGAAGUGAGUUGAUGGAACGAGUUAGAUUUAGGGAGAUUGUCGCGGUUAGUUCUUAGACUUUCCAUUUACGGAGUAUCUGUUCAUUUCCCGUUUCGCUUGUAGAACACUCCCCACUCCAAGUCUCGCGCGGCUCAAAUCCCCUUACCGACUUACUUUGAUGUUAUAUAAACAGGUAGUCUAUAUGGCCAUGGUUGGAUCAUUCCCUUUCAACUCGUUCCUGUCCGGGGUGCUUUCUUGUUUCAGGACGGCGGUCCUUGCAGUUUGUCUCCGUAUCCAAGUGAACAAGGAGAAUAAGGAGUUCAAGGAUCUACCGCCCGAGCGUGCUUUUGCAGAUUCUGUUCUCUGCAGAUUGGUGCUUCACUUGGUGAUCAUGAACUUCCUUGGCUGA